AUGUUUUUGUCCGACAAAGACGUCCCAGAUCUGAGCCCGGACGAUGCCCGGUUUGUACCAGCACCGGGAGUCGUUGUUGACUCAUGUGCCGUCUCUAGCGACUUGAAAACCCCACUCGUUCUCGGUGAAUACGACGGAAGCUGCAUAACGGACCCGUUGUUUUGUACGACUGGUAGUUUCACAUGGGCAGUAUGGAUGAAGAUACAACCGCACAACCAAAGCGUAAUGGGUUUGGUCAAUCUGAUUAGCGCGGGAAACUAUGACAGUUUCAAGUCUGGAUUCAACCUUUGGCUCAGCGGUGACAUGCUGCUCUGUACUGCAAAUAACAACAAAGAAAGACCGGCUAUUGGAGGAAACAUGACUUAUCUUACACAUGAGCAUGACUUACAGCAGGGGCAGUGGUUUCAUCUUGUCUGCUCAUUUAACUUCUCUAAUCAUGGUGCGGUCGCAAUGAUGUACUUUAACGGCGUGAGAGUCAAACAAGCUGAUGAUAACCUGGAUUGGGAUGAAUUUCUGGAUGAGCAAGUCCUGUAUAAUCGUGAGGAUAUAAACAUUGACAAUUAUCUGAGACUCGGGAAGUACAUUCCACCUUUUUCAUCUGGUCGCAUUGGAUUGCCACUUGUUGAUUUGGAAGCGGUUUACGGCAACUCGAUGGUGACUGACGGACUGGAUACAACUGAUUUUGGAGUGUCUCACAGUAACUUGAUGGUGGCUGAUGGUAUCCUUGGACCAGAUACAAUUCAGAAUCUCUAUGCAUGUGGAUCAAUGGAUUGGGAUCCGAAACUACGAAGUCUGAUUUGGGUGUUAAAGGGGGUCAACCCGUUCACCCUUCAGCUUGUGUGUACAGCUAGUGACAUGACAGGCCCGUCAAUCACAUGGAGGAUCUACAAUUCAAAACUUGUGUCAUGGGAGAACAUCGACCAUGAUGUAGACAACGGCGUGCGCAUCGAGAACCAGAUAGUCUCGUCGUGUGUCCUGGCGUCUACAUUGACCGUUGAGAACUACCGGAAACGAGGCUACACGGAUUCCGUAGUCGUCUGUUCAACAUCGACCCCUGGGAGUGGAUUGGACCAGUCUGCCAAUGUCUCUGUACCAGGUCAACUGGAAUACUUCCAGUGGGCUCUAGGAGAAAAUGGCAAUGUUGCCGUAAGCAGUGAAGAGUUUUGCAGCAAGGAAGUGUUUGACUUUGAAACUGCUCAAGUAUUAAGUAUAUUUGGCGAUUAUAAAGCUGAGUCAUCGUUUGUUCCAGCCCCGCGCGUUGUGGAAGAAUUGUGCGCUCUAAGGAAACGAAAGGACACUGCGUUUUACACUCGGAUUACUGAUACAUGCGUUACUGACCAAAGGUACUGCAUUUCGUCUGGAUUCACCUGGUCUGUGUGGGUUCGACUUGGCAGUGUGUCACAAAAACAUGAUAUCAUUGCAGCAGGAGUUUAUCGCAGCCAGAUAACGACCUUCAACCUUUCGGUCACAGGUGACCAGUUGCUGCAUUGCUCGGCACACAACAGCGUCGUUAAAAUGGUUAGAAGUAUUAACAUCAGUGAUACAAGCUUCAAGGACAAAUGGUUUCACCUUGCAUGUGUGUUUAACUUCACCACUACUGACGAUGGGCACCUUGGCACUUCAAAGGCAUACAUCAAUGGAAUAGAGAACAAAGAGCACCAGGAAUUUGAGAACUUGUAUUUUAACGACACUGCUCAAGAUAAUUUUGUUGAUACGUAUCUUUUCUUUGGCUUUUCAUACUACUUGCCAUUUUAUACAUCACGUCGCGUAGACUACAGUAACUUACUGGUGAUAGAUGGUGUAAUGGAAGACAGCUAUGUUGAACAACUUCACUCGUGUGGAUCAAGAAAUUUGGGUCUAAACCUCCGUAGACUGGUGCGAGUUUCUGAGGGGAUCAGUCCGUUGACUCUUCAGCUCGUGUGUACAGCUAGUGACGUCACAGGCCCUUCCAUCACAUGGCGUGUCUACAAAUCAGUUCAAGAGUUGUGGAGGGACGUCAACGAUGACGAAGUGAAUGGCAUUCGAAUCGAGAAUCAGAACCUCUCGUCGUGUGUCCUGACUUCUACAUUGACAGUCACGAACUAUCGGAAGUUGGGCUACGCGGGCUCUGUUGUUAUGUGCGUUGCCUCCAAGGGAGGACGUCCACCUUACCAUUCAUCUAACUUUACUUUACAAGAUCAACCGGACCAUUACCGGUGGACUCUUGGUGACAGCGGUGCCGUGGAUGUAAGAAGUGAAGAAGUGUGCAGCCAGGCAUCGUUUAGUGGUAGCAGGGUUAAUGUCACCAGUAAUGGCAUCCGAGAUAGCCCAAGGAUGGUACUCGCCCCACAAGUUGUUGAAGAUUCGUGUGCAAUGUCCAUUGGGCGAUACAGUUAUAUCAAUCUUGGUGACUUCAGCAGCACGUGUGUUGCAGACUUUAGUUUCUGUGUCUCGGCAGGAUUCACUUGGGCAGUUUGGUUGAAGAUGGACUAUUCAAAGUUUAAUGGGUAUCGUCUGAAUCCAAUUGUUGGUCCUGGUGAAGAUGGUGGGAAGAGAUCAAACUUCAAUCUCUGGAUCACACACGACUAUAAGUAUCUGUUCUGUUCAGCGCUUAUCAACGAUGUCACAAUUGUUAGAGGGAUCAAAGUCAGUGAAGUCAACGUAACGAACUCAUGGUUUCAUGUUUCAUGCGUUUUCAACUCAACCAGUACUGUUAACACUGCUGUCGCCAGAAUAUAUAUUAACGCAAUAGAGAACGAUGGGUGGUAUAUUGACCACUUUGACUUUAGGGCACAGUUGAACAGUUUGGGUCAAAACUUGUCUCUUGGACAUUCGAUUGGCACACCUCCCCUCGACUCUAAGGUCGCUCUGAGUAACUUAGUGGUAACUGAUGGUCCGCUAGAAAAUCAGGCGAUUCAAGGUCUUUACGCAUGUGGAUAUCUUGAUUGGGACCUGAAACUCCGUAGUCUGGUGCGGGCAUCAAAGGAAGUCGACCCGGCAACUCUCCAACUCGUGUGUACAGCAAGUGCCUUAACAGGACCUUCCAUCACGUGGAGUAUCUACAAAUCAAGACUUGGGGUGUUGGAUGACGUCACUGGUGACGCAGAGAACGGGGUGCUUAUCAAGAACUAUCAUGCGUCGUCGUGUGUCCUGACGUCUACAUUGACUGUUGAGAACUACCGCAAACUAGGUUACACGGGCUCCGUCUUUGUUUGUUCAACCUCGACUCCUUCAAGUGUGUCAAGAUUGACAGUUAAUAUCACCAUUCCGGAUCAACCUGAGCUGUAUGAAUGGAGCCUUGGAGACCAUGGUACAGUCGACCUUAUGAAUGGGGAUUCCUGCAACAAAGCAGUGUUUACGGACGGGACAAUCUACGACGGUUUCAGUACAAUGACACCUGCACCUGAAGUCGUCGAGGAUUCGUGUGCUAUUUUGAUACCGGAAUAUUCAUCUGCUAUCAAUUUGGGCAAUUAUAAAGAUUCAUGUGUAUCAGACUAUAGAUUAUGCAUGUCUACUGGGUAUACCUGGGCUGUGUGGCUUAAAACUGGAAACAUCUAUCAAUUUGAUGAAUUCCCAUAUAAUAUUUUAAGCACAAGGGUUGGUUAUGAGAACAGGAAGUUUACUUUUAGACUGUGGAUCACGAGAGACUUGAAGUUCUUAGUGUGCGAAGUAAACACGGAAACCUACAUCGACAAGUCUCCGUACCGGAUUUCAAAGGGUGUGAGUGUGACCAGCUUUGUUCAACAAGGAUCUUGUGCGGAUUGUCCAUGGUUCCAUGUGGCAUGUUCUGUUAACCUAACACAUACAGAAGAUUUCGGUAGAAUUGAAAUGUACAUCAAUGGCGACUGGACCAGUGGGUCUACUGACAAUUUCGUGAAUAAUUUGGAUUUUAAUGGUUUUGAGAAAAAUUUUCAAAUCGGUGACUUGAUUCUAGGGGGUAUGUACUACUACCGUUUUUUUGAAAGCAUAUUAAUGGCUUUUAGUAACUUGGUAGUAACGGACGGUUUCAUGGGUGGUGAGGACAUUGGACAUCUCUACUCAUGUGGAUCGACGGAAUGGGACCUGAAGCUCCGUAGUCUGGUGCGAGUGUCGAAGGGUGUCAGCCCGUUCACUCUUCAGUUCGUGUGUACAGCUAGUGCUUCAACGGGACCGUCCAUUGCUUGGCGCGUCUAUAAACCAAAACACCAGGUGUUUGAUGACGUCACAGAGGACAAUGACAAGGGCGUGCAAAUCGAGAAUAAUAACAUGUCGUCGUGUGUCCUGACGUCUACAUUGACCAUCACGAACUACCGGAAACUUGGGUUUUCUGGUUCUGUUUUUACAUGCUUAGCCUACUGUUCAUCAAACAAAACCUUCGAAUCAGCUAACUGGACCGUCGAAGAUCAACCUGAGUUAUACAAGUGGAGCCUUAGUGGCAUUGACACAGUUGACCCCAUUGAAUCCUGCAACGAAGCGGGGUUUGCUGAUAAUUUAUUGUUUGUUUCAGCUACUGGGUUGAACGCUAGUUUAGUACCUGCACCUCUAGUCGUGGAGGAAUCAUGUUCUAUCUUGACACCCGAAUACUCAUACUUUGAUCUGGGCAGUUUCAAUGAUACUUGUGUAUCAGACUAUACAUUCUGUAUGUCGACUGGAUAUACUUGGUCUAUGUGGCUUAACAUUGAAUCAUUACAUACUCAUAAUUUUUUUCCGUAUAGUGUCGUAAGCACAGAUGAUGACAUCAAUCACAAGUCUAACUUUAGACUCUGGAUCACAAAGGACUCGGAGUUUAUGGUUUGCAGUGCAACAAAGAACAAUGGCAAUAACAGUAUCGUUACCAAAUACAGCAUAUCGAAGGGUUUCAACAUCAGUGGCUUAGUUUCGGGGAGAAUCUGUAGGGACUGCCCUUGGUUCCACGUUGCAUGUGUUGUUGAUAUCGAAAAUGAUGUAAUCGAUACGUAUGUCAAUGGAGUAUUGAUUGAUAAUGGGUUUCAUGGUGACUAUGACUCGGAACAGUUUUAUACUUCUACCCCAAACUUGCAUCUUGGGGACGAGUUCAGGGGUUUUGUUUUUGGUGAUAAAACCAAGAUUGCUUUCAGUAACUUGCUUUUAACGGAUGGAAACAUCGGUGAUGAAGACGUGAGGAAACUGUUUUCGUGCGGAUCUCUCGAUUGGUCUCCAAAAGUUCGCAGCCUCAACGAAGUGACCAGAGGAAUUGACCAAUCACAUCUCCGGCUCGUGUGCACAGCUAGUGCAAGUUCAGGUCUAGAAAUUGCAUGGCGAAUCUAUCACUCACAGUGCGACGUCUGGGAAACCCUCCAAAACGGGACAGACGAUAGAAUAGUCAUAGAACAGAGCAAUGUAUCGUCUUGUGUCCGGACGUCUACCUUGACAAUACUCAACUAUUUGGAGCGAUUAAUCAGCGGCUCGGUGGUCAUGUGUUUGGCUUCCAAUCAGGAUGCAUCUCAUAACAAAACAGCUAGCUUCUUAACCAGUCAAACUCUUUCUCUGACUGGAAUGUCUACGUCACAGAGUACCACUUACAGCAAUCUAUUUCCGCCACAGAAAGCUAUAGAUGGCAGUCAAGCAUCUUUCAGUCAUACGGGGUUUCAAGACCCUCAUCCAUGGUGGAAACUUGACUUGGGCGGUGAACACGUGUUGGGCAAAAUUACAGUUCAACUCAGGACACAAUGUUGCGGCCCCCGCUUUAUCGGAGCAACAGCCCGAGCCGGACUUUCCUCGAACUACUUUAACAAUCAGCAAUGCGGUAAACCAGCCACGUCGGCUCAGAGCUAUGCUGGUGCCAUAAACGUCUUCCAGUGUGAUCCGCCUGUGAUGGCAAGAUGGGUGAGCAUAGACAUCGAUCCUUCUUAUCCGGGCUCUACCGAGGCAGUUUUGCAGCUCGCUGAGGUGUCGUUGGUGGAGUAUACAUGGGAACGUUACCCUAAUACAACCACAGGCACUUUCAAACUAAGUUCAGAAGACGACUCUCAUGUUCUACUUCAAGAAAGCAGGCUAAAAAUUAAGCUAUUGGAAUCACUCUCGCCAUUAAUUGACCAAUCAGAUGUCAAGAUCCAGUGUAAGGUCAGUGCGGUUGUUGCGUCGUUCAUCACUUGGCAGGUCUAUCGACCAAGAUGCAAAGCUUGGGAGAAUUUAAGUAACCAUACAGAUGCUGGUACACGUAUUGAAGAGGAGGAGAAACCAUUCUGUGACAAAAUGUCUACCCUGACUAUUUUCAACUUCCGGGAACGAGGUUAUGGGGGUUCGGCCAUCUUUUGUUCAACCCAAACACCAUUCGAUGCCGCAUCGGAUUCGGCUCACUUAGUGAUCCCAGAUAACUUUGGAAUCAGUACUGAAGACUGGACGUUGAAUGUCGAUCUAACACAUGUGCCAACGGCCACUAAUUCUUCGGAUAUACAGCUCCGAUGUACAGCAAAUGCCGUCAGCGGUCCGACCAUUGCUUGGCGAGUCUAUCACUCCAAAUGUGGUAUUUGGGAGCGUUUGUUGCGGAGCGAAAUGAAGGAUGGAGUCUCUAUAGAGCAGCGUAAUGUGUCACAUUGUGUUGAGGUGUCUGUCCUUACGAUAACGAACUACCGUGAGCGAGGUUACAGUGGCGCUGAGGUGGUGUGUUCAGCUUCCACACCAGGCAACGACCAUGUGGAAGUAAACUUCAGUACGCCAGAAAUUCAGAGCGAUGAACAAAUUGAAGACUGGACUGUCGAACUUCAUAGUCUAGAACACUUAACAGAAAACAUCAGCCAACUUGACCUUCGGCUCUCCUGCACAGCAAGUGCAUCCUCCGGCCCGUCCAUAGCUUGGCACGUCUAUUUCCCUCUGUGUGAUGUUUGGAACACUCUACAUCAAAUGACAGAACUUGGUGUGUUGGUAGAGGAUCGUGCUACAUCACCAUGCCUGAAGACAUCUACAUUGACUAUCUCGGACUAUGCUGAACGUGGUUAUCAUGGCGCAGUUAUAAAGUGCAGAGCAAGUGCCACUAGAAUCUCGAAAUCAUCUUACAAAAAAAUUACGAUACAGGAAUAUCAAUCUACGGCAGAUCCAUUAUCAAAUACGCAUAUUGAUAUUCAUAGACUGGCACAACUGCCUGUGGGAGUGAAUGGUUCAAAUCUGCAUCUACAGUGUACAAGUUCAAUUAGAAGAAACCCGACCAUUCUGUGGCGAGUCUACCAGUCAAGAUGCGGUAUUUGGGAGAAUUUCAAGAUUAACAGAAAAGAGGGUGUUACCAUUGAGAAUAAAGAACUCUCGUCUUGUCUUCAGACGUCGACACUAACUAUAUUUAGCUAUCUACAAGUAGGGUACAAUGGUGCUAUUAUAGAGUGUUCGACGUUUAAUACUCGACAAUCUGCAAAUUAUUCGGCAAACUUUACUAUCUCAGAGAACGAGACUAAUGAAGACAUCGCAAUACAGGUAGUAAAGAUCGACAGCCUCGUAGAGAUCAACCAAGGGGUCAAUCGGUCAAAUAAGCAGCUUUUGUGUACUGCCAUUGGCUCAUCAAUUGAAUGGCGAGUCUGCACUUCAAACCUGACGUCAUUGGUGAUCAACGAUACUUACAGUGAUGUGAUUAUUGAAAGGAACAGGGUGUCAUCGUGCGUUUUUUCGUCAACGUUAACCAUUUUGAAUCACCUCGAACACAGAUAUGCAGGCUCAGUUGUCAUGUGUACAACCUCGAUCCCUGCUAACACUAACAAUCAUUCAGCCAAUUUCACUCUCCCUUCAGUGGAGAAAGUGGAAGUCCAAAACAUUGAAGAAAUGAACUGCACUUCAUUGGAACUCGUACAGUUGGAUGCUACUGCAAAUACGUCAGAUGGUCAGUUCGUAUGCACAGUGCAAGGCAACGCAAACAUAUCCCACUCGUGGCAUGUCACUCGGUCAAAGUGUGGUCACUUGGAUGUUGUCGACUUAGAAGCAAGUAUUAGAAUAAACGCACAGAAGGGACGGUUGUCAGAGUAUAUGCAGAACUCUACGUUUACGAUGACGAAUUAUUCCAAUGAAGGAUUUGAUUGGUCAGUUAUCACCUGUUCCACUUUUGACCCCUGGACAGGCACGAAUUGCUCCAUAAAUUUAACAAUUACAGGAGCGGUUGACGCAAGUCUAAAAAGCACUUCGGAAGGCCUCAGUCUGACCGAAGUCAUUAAAGGAUUUGAUCAAUCAUACCUUCGCCUUGCGUGUAAUGCAAGCACUGAUUCAAACGUUUUGGGGUUCAGGUGGGAAGUUUAUCAGCCAGCUUGCCGAUUGCAGAAAGCCUUGCUCAGCUUACCCGAGACCGGAGUGCACAUACAAGAGACGCAAGUGUCGCCUUGUGUACGUUCAUCUAUGUUGGAGAUAUCAGACUACCGGGAACGAGGUUAUGGUGACUCCACUAUAGUGUGCAGAUCGACCUCUGCGGAUAAUAGUUCCAUGAGUUAUUGGGCUAAUUUUACCGUUCAAGCAGGUUUUUCAAACGGAGGAAUAUUCCACUCAAGUGAUAACGUCACUGACUCAAAUGACCUUCAUGUUUUCAAGAACUUGGAAACAACAGAUCGUGACAGAGAUAUCUGUGGGGCUUCGAAAACCUACAAAGAGGAGGAAAAAGUUGUAACAGUCUUUGUCAUGAACACUGAGGCAGGUGAAUACGCCAAUAUUGAUACGGAACUCGACAAUCAGGUCUAUUCCGUCAAAAUACCAAGUAUUGAAUCGUCGGAUGGUAACUCGAUCGUUGUCAUAAGCGUCUACAAGUCGAGCAGUAAUUUCUCAGGGUCAAACGGUGUAGAAAAACCUCUGACUUUCGGGAGCAGAAUUAUCGAAGUGACUGUGUUUAACGAACAGGGGUCUAAAAUCACCGACUUCAGUAAUGCACAUGUUAGCUUAACAUUUCCCGUUCAGGGGAUGCCUGGGUACGAGCCGGUAUGUUCGUUUAGUUCAGGAAUGGACAAUGAUUGGGCAACUGAUGGGUGUGUUAUUUUGAAUUCCAACGGGUACGAUAACUCUUAUUGGAGCAAAGGCAAUGGCAGCGUUAACAUAACAUGCAGUUGUGAUCACCUCACACAUUUCGCUGUCUUGCUGCGUCUUGGUGAGGUUGAGGAAACGUUUGACACGUACAUGUUGGAUGUCCUAACUAAAAUCGGACUAGCACUCUCCAUUGUGUGUCUUGCUGUGACUUUGAUGGCAUACACAUUGCUUCGACUGACGAGCAUCCGGAUAGUAACCCACGCUAACUUAGCCUUUGCAUUGAUGGUCUCUGAUUUUAUCUUCUUUUUUAUCGACACCCAAAAUGUGGUUGGCUGCACCUUAGUCGCCAUCUUGCUUCACUUCUUCUUGCUGGCUGCUUUCACUUGGAUGGCGCUAGAGGGCGCCUUUCUGUACAUCAAAGUCAACCCAACAUUCCCAUGGAGAAUUCGACUUCCCAUUUGGCUUCUCAUUGGCUGGGGUUUCCCACUUGGUGUUGUGGUUAUCUCAGCUGCUGUGAAUUUCGGAGGCUAUGCUGGUAAUGACAGAUGCUGGUUAUCAUAUGAUGACGGAUUUGUCUGGGCAUUCCUUGCUCCAGUUAUAACCAUCAUACUUGUUAAUACUUUUAUCUUGAUAAGGCUGGUCUCCAUUUUCUUCUCGCUGAAGGCUAACAAAAAAAAAAGUGAUGCAAAGAAGUUAAAAUCUGGACUUCGACUUGCCAUCGUUCUGGAGCCUCUUCUGGGAUUACCGUGGGUUCUUGGACUCUUCUACACCGGGAAAGAAACUGUCGUCUUUGCUUAUGCAUUUGUACUCUUUAACAGUUUCCAGGGAGUCUUCGUGUUUCUUGGACAGUGUGUUUUCGACCAAGAGGUGAUGAAUUCAUUCAAAUCUCGAUCCUCCAAGGUGGAGACCGUCAGUAUCCCUCAAGACUCAACGUCUUUCACUCUGACCAGCAAGCAAACCACCAUGGAGCCGACUUCAACGUGGACUAAGGAAAGUGGGCACAAAUCACUUUGAGGAGAAUGCGAAGGCAUUAUAGUUGAAGCUUUAACCCCGCCUUGGAUAUUAUGUAAGAUCGUUAAUUUAAACAUUGGUUCUCAUUUGACCAACAAAAGUUAAUCGAAGGCGACGUUUACAAAAAGUUGUAAGGAUGUUGAGCUCUUAAAAAGAGGCCUUGGGCCGUUUCGUGUAUUUUUUUUUUCAUUCGCACUGAAAUAAUUUUUACGCACUUCAAUUUAAUUUAAUUGUCUUGUUUCGCACCUUUUCAUCUUUUUUUCACUUUAAUUGAGAAUUUGCUAAAAUUUAUAAUAAUAUUAAACGUUUUACCUUUAAUUGUUU